AUGGUAGAAGAAGAAAGGCCUGAUUUGAUCAGCAACUUACCAGAAGAAGUUCUGCAGCUGAUUAUUUCAAUGAUCCCAUUCAAGGAGGCAAUUCAGAAAAUCAUUCUUUCAACUGCGUGGAGGAGCCUAGUGAAUCCAUUUCAAGUAAACUUAGAAUAUGAUUGGAUUCAAUCAACUAAUAUUGAAUCCAGGGAGAAAAUGAAGAAAUCAAUUGGAUCAUUCUUGAAAUCUUGUGAUAAUAGUCCUCAGACAUCGAAACUCUAUCUUCAGUCUACAGAGGGAAAUGAUCAUAAACACUUUGGUAUUUGUGCUAAAGGAUCACAUGGGGAAUUUCUUCUUGAUUUCCCAGUGCAAAAAAAGGAAGUUCCAUUUAACUUUGAUCUGAUUCUUGAACCGGAGUGUUCGAGUUUUUCUUCUAUCAGAAGACUGUAUCUUAGAUCUGUCUCCCAUUUUGUGGGAAACCUUGUCGUUGAUUUGUUCGCAGGUUUUCAAUUUCUCGAAACCUUGAAUCUCGAAAAAUGUGUAGGAUUGCAGAACAUCGACAUCAGAUCACAUGACUAUCUUAAGAAGUUGGUUAUAGUUGAUUGUCCUAACAUAAUCAGCAUUACACUUUCUGCACCAAAUCUUGAAUCCUUCUCAUAUCAGGGAGUUCUUUCGACUAUUCAGCUGAAUUACAUUCAACAUUUGGUCGAUUUUACACUAAAUCUGAGGGAUGGUUUAGGCCAUAACAACUUUGAUUCUGAGGAUGUUAUAUCUCUUAUCUCCUCUCUUAGAGAUGUUGAAAUUCUUACCAUAAGUGGUUGGUUCAUUGAGUUAUUGUGUUCUGCAGGAGUGAUAUUUGAAAGGCUAGGUUUCCUGUUUGACAAGCUUAAGGAAUUACACAUUAUUGAUCCAAAAAUAAGCCAAAAAACGCUCAAUUCAUUCGCUUGUUUCUUGAACAUCACACCUUUCUUGGAAAAGCUUUUUGCGGAAGUCGAUGAGAGUUCCAGCCCAGUCGAGUGUCCAUUCAUUCACCAGUAUUGGCAUGAGCCUCAUUUAUGGAUGGAUUAUGCAACUGUGAAAAGUACAGCUUCUCAACUCAAGUACUUAAAGUUCAUCAAACUUACCGGAUUCAAAAGCGAAUCAGAUCUUAUUUUGUUAAUGGAUCUUCUGCUUCAUAAGGCUGUUAAUCUCAAGCAGAUGAUUCUUAUCUCAUCAGAGAGGGAUUCAUGGAUGGUUGCAAGAAUUCCUCAGAGUCAACUAAAAUUCUACAGCAAAAGGAGAUGUACUGUGAUUUCCUGUCCAAAUACUGAUGUGUCGAUUGUACUAAUAGAUGCCAGAGAUGAGGCUUAG